UUAAUAGCAUCGUGUGAACACCGUGUUGGAAGUUGACAGCUAGUACUGCCAACAUACAGCUGUCAAACAUCAAACAUCUCAAGUUGUGGUUUGAAAUGAAAUCGUUAUAAAACGGAUUACAAACAAAUAUUGAUGUGCACUAAAAAUAAUACGCAAUACUUGAAAACAAAGUAUUAAAUAUGUCUACCAGAUCUGGCAAGAGGCUUCACAAUGCCUCCAUUGAGAAUAUUGAACCUGAAAUUGCUUUAAAAAGUGACAGAAAGACGCGAAGCAAACGUGUUGUAGAUAACAGUGAAAGUCAGGAAGGGAAAACUACUAAGAAACGCCAGAAUUAUGUGAGUUUCCCCUCCGAGGAGGAUACUGCUGAUGUGAACUCGCUGGAAGACGAGGUACAAGUCAAACCCGUCCGCGCCUUGCGGCGGCAAACGCUCAAGGAGCAAAACGCGGCUACCGAGGAGGUGAACACUGCCAUCACUACUAAGAAACAGGUCAGAUCAACUCGACGCACUAAAAAGUUCUCUGAAACCGCCGCAGACGACGUGCCGGACGUUCCUGUAAAUGAGGAAUCCCGUGAAGUUGCUACCGUCACCAAUACUAAGACUAAAGUCAAGAAAAACAAGAAGAAAUCAAAGAAAGACCAACCUGAAGUUAAUGACAAAGAAAAUAAGGUUAAGGCAGGGAAAAAGAAGAAGAAUAAGAAAAAAAAGAGCUCACAAUCUAAUUCAUUAGUUGAGCCGGAAGAGCUCAGUGUAAAGAAGAAGGAUGACAGCAAUGUGUCCACGGACUCCUUCCACAGUGCUGCUGGCAGCCCCCUACACAAGCAUGUCACUCCCCGGCUUAACAACAGCGUUAGUAAACAACCAGGUGACACUGAGACACUCCCUGUACAGAAAGCAAGUGCCAAGAGAAGGUCAAGCAAUAAGAGGGUUUCUGAACAAAAUACUUCAACUAAGACAAUGGAGGUGGAUGAAGUAGAUGCAACAAAAGUAACUGAAAUAUUGACCGUCAGAGCCAGCAAGCGCAGGUCCAGUUUGAAAAUAGUGCCUGACAAAGAUAUCAUGCCAGAUACUGCUGAGAAAGUGGAUUUGAAUGCCACAUUUGAAAAGGAACCUGCAAAGGAGGGUUCUAGUAAAAAGAAAAGAAAAUCCAAUGUAAUGGAAGAAAACAUUGACCCUGUGGUAAUAAAUACAUCAACUAAUUUAGAUGUUCCUAAGACAUCUGAAGUAUUACUUAAUACUACUUUUGAAAAAGAUGACAUGGAAACAGAUGUUAAAGGUAAAAAUAAUAAUAAAUCUGACAAUAAAGAACUGACUAAUGAUGACCAGACAAGCAAAAUCUUAAAUUUAAGUUUUGAGAUAAGGAGAUCUCCCCGAAGAUCUGGAAGUGGAUCUGAAACGGUUGCAGUUUUAAAUGGCACCUUUGAGUUAUCUCCUAAACCUGAGCCGACCAAACAAAAAUCUCUCGACUCCACAUAUGACAAAGAAAGCAAACUUGACACAACAUUUGACAAAACCACUCAGAAACCAAGCUUGGGUUCAAAAUCAUCUCUCAUAACUUCUGAUGACGCCACUAACUCCUCAAUAGUCACACUUGACAAAUCUGAUGACAAUUCAAAAGUCAACAUCACUGAUGAUGACUCCAAAACUGAAAACAUCCUGAACACUACACCGGUCUUGAUAGAGAGCUCAAUGGAGGAAUCAAGAGUAAGUGUUCUAGAAAGUUCACUAAAGGAAAACAAAACUCCGGAAACCAAACCAAAAUCUACAACACCAUUGAAACGGGAAGGCACUUUCACCAAAGACAGUCCGUGCAUGUCUCCUAAGACACCCAACAAGCGACAAACUUUGCCUGCAGCAGGCUGCACGCCUUACCAUUCAGACAGGAAGAGAUCACAGACAAAGAGGACCCUAAACCAGACACAUUCCAUAGAGAAGCCGAGCCGCCGGUCGUCGCUCGCGGAGGUGCCUACUCGGGCUACGCGCGUUAUGUUCUGCAGCCCUGUGAACAGCCCGGGCUUAGCCACGCAAAGGAAGAGCAAGAUCAUCAAGUCGAACCUGAAGGGUUCCAAUAAGAGCUUUGUUUUUGAAGAAAGUGAUUCUGUGCUGUCUUCAGUACCAACACGGCUGGGCCGCAAGCGUUCGUUCACGCAUACAGAUGGGGAGCAGGCUUCAGCUAAACGAACUCGUCUUAACACUGAGAGGUCCCUACCCGCGGCCCGAGCGCGUACUAAUAGCGCUAUGGCAAAACUAUCAAACGCAUCAACCCCGUCCAAGCCCGCCACACCGAGGUCCGAGGUGAAGGCCACCAAGCUGCCCAACUUCGCCGCCCUGCACGCGCGCCGCUUCGAGCGCAUGGAGUCGCUCGACGAGUGCCAGCAGAGGAAGGCCAAGCGGGCCAAGCAGUUACUAGUGCCUACUGGCAGUGUGGCUGUACUUGAAAGAAGCAGCCCUAGAGUGACCCUCGAACCAAAGCCGCGCGACACGCCCGCCAAGACCGCCGCCCCCGCCAAGACUGCCACUCCAACCCCCGCCGUCGCGCUCGCCAAGCCCAAGCUGCCCACACUGGACACCCUCCAGCGCGGAUACACCAGGUUCGGCUUUAAGAUGAACUGCGACGUUAACCCCUUCAGCGUCCCGAAAACUGACAAGCCAAAGGAAAAACCUAAUGGCAUCAAACUGAAUGGCCUUAAAGACCUUAAAGUCAUUAAACCAGUUGUCAGACGCGAGGUGACGCAGCCUUCCCUAGCCGGCACGACAUCGCUCCGCAGGGCCGUCGCUAAGCAAGCUAUAAUGAGGGAAAAAUCCUUCACUCUCACUGAAAAACGAAGUGAGACGAGGAAAGAGGUCAGAACGGUCAUCAAGGGCGUGCGGACUAACAGGCGUUUCGAGCUGCAGAUGAAAUCGAGGAAUCUAAAUGGGUGAUCGGGAAAUGUGCUUUUUCGUUUACUAAAAAUGGGGAGCAACAGUUUUUCUGUAACUAUCUCACACAGUUUGCCAUAAUUCUAAAAUUCUAAAAUUAUUCUGUUGAACGUAAUCAUAUACCUUGCAUUUUAUCUGCUUUAGUCAACGUUGACUGGAAGAGAAUGAUUUAUACUAUUUAAAGCAGUAAUCCCAGGUUGGAAGUCUGCUGGCAAUAAUUUUAAAAGUAAAAUAAGGUAACAAAUAGCCAUUAAGAGUUUCCAGAGUUCAAAGCGAAAGGUCUCUGAUAAGCGUUUCUUUGAAGCCAUAUCACGUACAAAUAUUAAAACUAAGUUCAUUGAAAAGAAAAAGGUUAAUGAAUUAAUGAAAUUAAUUUAUUCCAGAAAACAUUUCCAUCACAAACUAUUUAGACAGUGAAAUUAAGGCGAAUACAGAAAAUAAAUUAAAUAUAAAAUCAUGUCAAUCAGGUUUAAGUUAGUCGCAUUAUAUAUAGAGCGUAAGGCUUAUAAAUGUUCUGUUGCCGAAAAAUAAGCACAAUUUUAUUGUUGUAAUCUAUUUGAAAUGGUGUUAACCGAAUUCAACAAUAUAAUGGUUUCGUCACAUACUUAGAGUGACAAAGGAAGUUUCCUAGAAAAACCGAACAUCGAAUUGAAUGGUAUUGUAAUGGGUGAUUAUAAUCAACAGUAGAAGUUCAAUAAUAGCUAAGCAAUCGAUUCCACAAAUACUGUGCUUAACCUCGUAAGGCCCAAUGUACAUUUUAAUGUACCAUCGGUCCAUCGCCCACACCUUUAACUGUACAUCGGUGGACUUUAUGCCUAUUGUAAUAAGGUCCACCGCUGUACUGUUGGAGUGUUGCUGUUUGUACUCUCUGUUUCAAUCUAAUUAGAACCAUUCAUGUACCAAAUAAAGUAGUAUUUAUUUUGUUUCAUUGAUUUCUCAAACAAACGAAAUUCAUACCAAUUCACUAUACAUAAAGAUUCAAAUUAAAAAUAGGAAAAUUUUGUAUGCUGGGCCUUGCGAGGAUUGGCUAUCUCUUUGCAAUAAGAUUUAAUAAAAGAUGGAUUUAUCAGUUCGGUUAUCCAACCGAAUUAUAACCUAACAACGUAAUAUCCCACCGGAAGAGUCCUGAAAUACCUAAUUUUAUCUAAUUUAGUUGAUUUUUCUCAACAACCUUUUCUAAAAUGUUAAUAUAGUUUUACUUAGUUUUUUAAUUACUUUUACUAAAACUUGUUUUAACGUAUUGUAAAUAUUGUAGGUAUCUAACAGUAUUAACGUAAAGCUAACAGAUAUCAUGUUCAGGCCGAGUGCCAAUGUUUUUCUUUUUGAAAAAUUAUGUUAUGUACCUAAGAUUUAGAAGUAAGUUUGUACGCCUUUUGACAUGGAUUACAAUGGUUUGGAAAA